AGAAAUGAUGCUCAUUGUUCAAAUAUUGUGUCAACUUCAUUUCCGUUUAAUGUGAGUGAAAAGCGUCAGACAUCUUGGAAAUUUUUUUUAAAUUCAUUGUAAAUUAUAUAAAUAGUGACUCUGAUAUUGUGAAAAGUGAAAAUAUAGAGAAUUUUGAUUUGGUUUAACAUUUGACAGACAAAAAUUCCUCCUUUCGACUAGUUUAGAGCAGCUUCCAGGAUCCAACAGCUUUUAUAUGAUCAAAGUAACGAUGGAAAACGAGAAUGUUAGAAACCAAGAUUUGCUAUUAUUGAUAUACGAUUUUGAGGGUAAUAAUCAGCCUAACGAAGAAUUGAUUGAAAAUGAAAACGCGGCGGUCGAUAUCAAUAUAAAUCUAUUUGAAACCAUCCAGCAACUUGUUCCCGAAGAUGAAGAAAUUGAACCUGAAAUGAACAAUGUACCUCAAGAAGGAGGAAACAAUAGACCUGAGAUUGAUAUGACCGUUGAAUAUGGGCUGCAUAGAGUCGAAGGUAGCAUGGACAUUUGGCAGGACUUAUUACUUGAACCAGACACAGACAACUCUGAACGUCAAAAUGCAGAUCCAAUGAUUAUAGAUAGAGAGGAGUUGAUUCGUAUACUUGAAAGUGGCGAUACUCAAGAUCAGUCUUGUCAAACGGAGCCUUGUGAAGAACUACCGGAAACUUCAAGUAAUGUAUGUAGCAUCUGUCGUGAUAAAAAUAAGUAAUUCUCAUUUUUCUAUAUUAAAUUCGAAGUUUCUCAAUACGUUUUUGUCAUGACACAUUUUGAUAAAUCUUAUGUUCAUGCACAAAUACUUUUCUAGAAUUUUGACUUAAAUUUGGUUUCAAUUCUAGAUUAAUUUGUGUUACAUUUAAUUUUGUUUUGGUU